GAGAAUCACGUGCAUGUGAGACCAAAGAAGAAUUGAAGCAUUAUCAGUCGCCUACCAGUCUCUCACAGUUGAGCCUCCCACAGCAGUCGGAGAGAUCCCUGGAUUGGUCUCUGAAAAAACUUGUUUUGUGGAGGCCUUACACCUGGAGUGGAUGGAACAGUAUGAGAAAGUCGAGAAGAUUGGUGAAGGAACUUAUGGUGUGGUUUACAAGGCCCGUGAUCGUGCAACAAAUGAGACUAUAGCCUUGAAAAAGAUCCGCCUCGAGCAGGAGGAUGAAGGCGUACCAAGCACCGCCAUAAGAGAAAUUUCCUUAUUGAAGGAAAUGCAGCACGGCAACAUCGUUAGGUUGCAGGAUGUAGUACACAGUGAGAAACGUCUAUACUUGGUUUUUGAGUACCUGGACUUGGAUUUGAAGAAGCACAUGGACUCGUGCCCAGAAUUUUCGAAGGACCCCCGUGUGGUAAAAACAUUUCUUUAUCAAAUUCUCCGUGGCAUUGCUUAUUGUCAUUCUCAUCGAGUUCUCCAUCGAGAUCUGAAGCCGCAGAAUUUGUUGAUAGAUCGUCGUACCAAUGCACUAAAACUUGCAGAUUUUGGACUGGCUAGAGCCUUUGGUAUACCUGUUAGAACAUUUACUCAUGAGGUGGUGACCUUAUGGUACAGAGCCCCAGAAAUACUGCUAGGGUCUCGUCAUUACUCCACCCCUAUAGACGUUUGGUCCGUGGGAUGUAUAUUUGCUGAGAUGGUGAACCAGCGGCCAUUGUUUCCUGGGGACUCUGAGAUUGACGAGCUAUUCAAGAUUUUCAGAGUCUUGGGUACUCCAAAUGAGGAUACAUGGCCUGGAGUGACAUCCUUGCCUGAUUUUAAAACUGCUUUCCCUAAGUGGCCUCCAAAGGAUUUGGCAGCUAUUGUUCCAGACCUCGAUUCAGCUGGAAUUGAUCUUCUUUCGAAAAUGCUCUUCUUGGAUCCUAGCAAAAGAAUUGCAGCCAGGGCUGCUCUGGAGCAUGAAUAUUUCAAGGAUAUUGGUUUUGUACCUUAAAUUCCCAUUUUUUUCCCACCUUCCUCCCUUGGGAAAAUGUCUAUAUUUAAUGUGUAGCAUUUUGUGGGUUUUGGUUUUGCUUGAGAAAAUGCUCCAUUUGUUUUUCAAAAUAUUUGAAAUUGAAUCCUCCUGAGUGGUUUGAUUGAUUGGUGUGACAAAAUUCAUUGUCCUUUGUAGCUAUCUUGCUUUGGAGUGUUUUGAAUAUACACCAUAGUUACAAUGAACUGGCUUUGUAUUGGUCAUGUUGAAGUGUUUUUUGGCAUCGAUUGUUAUAA